CAGUCUCUCUCUGCUGUAAUUCUUGGACAGUCUCUCUCUGCUGUAAUUCUUGGACAGUCUCUCUCUGGUCAUGUGGUUUUAAAAGUUACGACACCUCAUGGCUAAUACUAAACCUUGUUUUGGGGUCUUGGAAGCUGUAGGCGUGCAGUGAUUUGAGCUAUUCGAUUGGCCAGUACAGCUGGCUCUCUUAAUAUAUUUCUCCUGGUCCGACAGACAGGCAGAAUCUACAGGGCACUCGUCCACCAUCCUCAUCCACAACACCUUGGCAAAACCCAAACUUACUUAAAGGUAACGGCGCUCACUGUUGCCCCCUAGAGGCCAGUUUCCACGUCGUCUCCCGACAUCCUCAGACAUGGAUGGAUGUUGAAUACUGACUUGUAAUCACUGGUGACCUGGCAGUGAAUAUAGGCCUAUAUAGUAGGGCCGUUCUCCCACUCCUCCCUCCACUAUCUCCAAAUAACUCUCCUCUGGGAAAUGAGGUUUUGUUAGCUUGUUAACUUGUUAGCUUGUGCUGGAAAUGUACAAUGGACCAAUAACAACCAAAUGUAACACGGUUCAUAUGAGAAUUACCUCAAGUAAAUGCACCAUAAAAGAAAAUAUGUGUUUAGAAAGAAAGAAAGAGAUUUAUUCAUAGCAUGAACAGCAUAAUCAUGUUGGAGGGAAUUAUAUUUGGAGUAAAAGUAGAAUAACUAACGCAUUUUAAAACGGUUCCUAAAGUGCAAAGUGAACGUUUCAAGUGCAAUAAUACAACCAUGGUAAUUUGAAUAGAAAAUCUAAUUCAGAUCUAGCGUACUGAGUUUUGGUGAUGAAUAACCUAGAAUCAAUCUCGCAUUCCUUUACCGCUUUGAAUGACGCCACACAUUCGCAGUGAUUAGCAAUAAAGCGGUUGAGGAAAAGGACUGCGGCGGCAUAGAGUUUAAUCGUUUCAUUUCCGUCUCGGGUUUCCCCAGGAGAAAGUGGCCUACAACUGUCACUAUAUAAACAGUGACCGGGGAAGGACAACCAUGGCACAUUGAGGACAGACUCCUGCAGCCACCUGGUCUUUUCGUUUCAAAAACACAGUUGGAGGAUGACACGGAUGUUAGUUCUUUGCAUCUGCGGUUGCCUGAGUUUUGUAUGGCUGUCGUCAGCAAAGAGAUGUUUCAAUCAGAGGGGUGUGGAUCGGCGGGCUUCAAGGUUCAUCAUGAGCAUCCGCUGUUUUAGGACGGCUGUGUCUGACAGCAUCCACCUGCAACGGCCCUGGGACAGACAGAGCUGCCCCAGCUUCACACUCCACACUGGGUCUCGGUCAUCGGUGCAAUACAACAACCGCUCUAUCUCCCCCUGGCGGUACAGAAUCGAUGAGAGAGAGGACAGGAUUCCUGCUAAAAUCCUGGUGGCUGAGUGUCUGUACGAGGGCUGCAUCGUCAACGAGCACGAGGACAAGACGUAUAACUCUGUCCCCGUGUGGGCCACUAUCACCGUGCUCCAGAAGACUGUGUGCCCUGGCAACCCUCGACACUACCUGGUGACAGUAGACUCUGUUACCAUCCCUGUGGCGUGCACAUGUGUUGUACCCAGACAGAUGAUUUAAUCUCUUGG